GGCGGUACCGCCGCGGGCCGGGCAGCGGAGCGGAGCAGCGCCGGCUGUGCGGGUGCCCCCGAGGCCGCGGCGUCCGGCGGGGCGAUGGCGGCGCUGGGCUCGGCGGUGCUGCGGAGGGGCGGCGGCGCGGCCCCCCGGCUCCUCGCCGUGGCCGUGUCGUGCCAGAGCUGCCGCCACAAAGCCACGGGGGACGGCGGGCACGGGCAGCCCCGCGAGCAGCAGCCGGCGGUCCCCGGCAGAGCCGGCGGCCAGCAAGCCCCGGCCGAGGGCGCCGACACCAAGACCUACCUGUGGGCCAGGUACCACGAGAUGAAAAAGCUGGUCUACGAUCUCCUUCCACCAGGAGUCUGCAAUCUCCUCAACCCCGCCGCUAUCUACGCUAACAAUGAGAUCAGCCUGGGAGAUGUGGAGAUCUAUGGCUUCGACUACGAUUACACCUUAGCACAGUAUUCUAAUUUACUACACUCCAUGAUUUUCAACACUGCCAGAGACAUCCUAAUAGAACAAUUCAAGUAUCCAGAAGGGCUUGCAAAGUAUGACUACAUUCCAGGGUUUGCCAUUCGUGGACUUCACUAUGAUGUACAAAAGAGUCUUCUCAUGAAGAUUGAUGCUUUCCAUUAUGUGCAGCUGGGGACGGCAUAUAGAGGGCUCAAACCCGUGCCUGAUGAAGAGGUAAUCGAACUCUACGGUGGGACGCAGCACAUCCCCCUGUACCAGAUGAGUGACUUCUAUGGCAAGGGCCCAUCACUUAAGCAGUUUAUGGACAUUUUUUCUCUUCCUGAGAUGACACUGCUCUCUUCAGUCAUUGAUUACUUCAUAACUCAUGGCAUUGAGUUUGACCAGGUGCAUCUCUACAAGGACAUAUCUGAUGCAAUUAGAGAUGUUCAUGUGAAAGGAGUGAUGUACAAAUGGAUUGAAAAAGAUCUGGAACAGUACAUUCUGCAUGGGGACGAAAUCUAUGCUGUGCUGAACCGCCUGGUGAACCACAAGAAGAAGCUCUUCCUCAUCACAAACAGUCCCUUUAGCUUUGUGGACAAGGGAAUGAAACACAUGGUUGGCAAGAACUGGCGGGACCUAUUCGACAUGGUCAUCGUGCAGGCUGACAAGCCCAACUUCUUCACUGACCGCAGGAAACCUUUUCGAAAACUGGAUGAUAAAGGCUCACUGCAGUGGGACAAAAUAAACCAGCUGGAGAAGGGAAAGAUCUACAAAGAGGGUAACCUCUUUGAUUUCCUGAGGCUGACGGGCUGGCGUGGGUCCAAAGUGCUCUACUUUGGUGACCAUCUGUACAGUGACCUUGCGGACCUCAUGCUGCGUCAUGGCUGGAGAACUGGAGCCAUCGUUCCUGAACUGGAGACGGAGAUCCGGAUCAUAAACACAGAGCAGUACAUGCACUCCCUGACCUGGCAGCAGGCUCUGACGGGGCUGCUGGAGAGAAUGCAGAUGUAUCAGGAUGCAGAGUCGAAGCAAGUAUUGCUGGAGUGGAUGAAGGAACGACAGGAGAUCAGGUCGCUGACGAAGAACCUGUUCAACCCGCAGUUUGGAAGCAUCUUCCGCACCUUCCACAACCCCACGUACUUCUCUCGCCGGCUGGUGCGGUUCUCCGACAUCUACAUGGCCUCCAUCAGCUGCCUGCUCAACUAUGACGUGAACUUCACCUUCUACCCCCGGCGCACCCCCCUGCAGCACGAGGCCCCGCUCUGGAUGGAUCAGCUCUGCACGGGCUGCAUGAAAACCCCCUUCCUGGAGGAGAUGGUGCACAUUCGGUGAGGGGCAGGUACUGCAGGCAGCAGCACGGCCGGGCCUGUCGUGGGGCCGCUCGGCAGCAGCACCUCUGUCCACCACUAAAGGGCGUUUGACACUUGCGU